AUGUACGAACAGUGUAGAACAGAGGUGCAAGAAGUAAUAAAUAAAGAAGUCGAAACAAUCUGCAUUACGACUGACAAUUGGACUUCGGCGAGAAAUGAUAGUUUUAUGGUUGUUACUGGGCAUUUUAUAAAUAAAAAUUUUGAUUUGGAAUCGAUUGUUUUGGACUGUGAAGUAAUUUCCGGUCCUUCCAAUAGUGAAAAUACAGCAUCUCAGUUAAAAAGUAUUACCGAUUCUUGGGGUAUUUCAGCUAAAAUCAAUUUAGCUGUUUCUGAUAACGCGGCUUACAUCAAGAAAGCCAUAUCACAGGAGCUAGGGUGGAAACAUUUCGGAUGUGCAGCACACACAAUAAAUUUGAUAGUGCAAGAAGCGACGGAAAAAUCUGUACCCAUCAAGUCUGUGAUUGAACGUGUGAAGCUCGUCGUCGCUUAUUUCAAGCGAAGCACUAAAGCCACUCAAAAACUUGAUGAGUUUCAAAAGCAAAAUGGAGCAACACAGCCAAAACGACUGCUUCAAGAAGUCCCGACAAGGUGGAAUUCCAAAUUCUACAUGCUCGAAAGGAUCGUAGAAAUUCAAGAUGCCGUCAAGUCAUCCAUUGCCAUUUUGAGUGUUACAAGCUUACCAAAUUUAAUGCCGGAAGACUGGUUACUUUGCAACGAAAUUUGUAAAGCCCUGAAAUGUUUUGAAGAAGCAUCAAAUUAUCUGAGCAUAAAGAGAGUUCUCAACGAUAUUUUAAGCUCGGAUUCUUCCGGUUAUCACUAUCUGCCAAUAACAUACGAUUUUGUUCGAGCUUUGUUAGAUUUAACUCAUAGUCGUUUCGAAAAUAUAGAAAAUAAUAACACGAUUGGGGUAGCUACUUUUUUGGAUCCCCGCUUUAAGUUACAGCCCUUUACAUCUUCAAAGCAAGCAACUUUGAGGGAGAACAUAAUCAAACUUGUCGCUCAAGAAAUAAAUCGAGAAGGACCAUGUGAAAAUAUUGAAGUCAGCAAAAGUUCGCUUGAUCCCACCUCAAUAUUUUACGACUGGGAUGCUAGGGGGCUGUACCGCAAUCAAUUGUGUCACCAACUGCACGAGCAAUAA